CUUAUCAAACUCAACAAUGAAGCUCGCCACACUGGUCUCCGUCCUCUGUCCAGCUGCCGCCAUGCUGGUUCUCCUGCCGCUGCUCCUGAUUGGUUGCGGCGAGCAGGCGGCGGCGCUGCCUGUCGACCAACCGCUCAGCAAGCCGCUGCGAGACCCGCAGACAUACCAGGCCGUCCGGGAUGUGUCGCAACACGCUCAGCAGACGGAUGACGGCUCCAGCGCCAGACUGAUGCCCCGAGUCAAAGCUGAUCAGGACCACCUGAAGAUCUGCUGCCUCCACGCCAACAUCCUCGACUUCUACCUGAACAACAUUCUGCGUCACCAUGACAACGAGCAUCCCAGCAUGAACCGCCUGAAGACCGACCUCACGCGCGUCAGCGAGGACCUGCAGACUCAUGGCUGCAAUGUGACUCACUACCACGACCAUCACCACGCUGUGGAGUUUCGCAGAAAGCUCGCCAAAAUGGGGGGCGAGCAAGGCAUAAACAAAGCUGUGGGAGAGAUCGACAUUCUGUUCACUUACCUGCAGGACUUCUGCCUCCACCCGAGAAACUCCACCACCGCCACUGCCAACACCUCGGCUGUUUCUACUGAACAAUGAGCAAACAGUAUCUAUUAUCAUAUUUAUCAACUUUUAUACCAACAACUUUUAUACGUUUAUUUAUUAAUCUAUUUAAUUUGAGAAAAUAUUUAAAGUUUUUUAUAUAGAAGCGUACAGUAUUUAUAUUGACUCGAGUAUGACCGAUUGAUCUAUUUAUUGAUCAGAAUGUUUUAAUGCCUUAGCUGAAAGGUGUUGAUCAUGUUGCCAUGUUAUGGCUGAUUAUUAUAAAAAAAGUUGUUACAGUAUUUAAAUGUUGAACUCAGACUGUUGGACUGUGCUGAAUAAUGUGCAUGUGACAAAAUUUACUUGA